UGCAUAUCCCAACGUCUUUUGAUAUAUAUAUAUAUAUAUAUAUAUAUAGACACACAGUCUACAGUAACUAUUUCGGAUUCAGAUAAAAUUGUCGAACGAGUUUGGAUUCUUUGCAGGGGGGAUAUGGAGUAGAUAUUAACCAACAGUUCCAUCUAUUAUAUCUGUACUUCUGUUGUUUUGGCAGCAAGCUUAACAUUUCCGUUUCUACAAGCGGCAUUCUUAGAAAGUUUCAAACUUUCCUGGAAAAUAUCCAUUUUCACUAACCCCAGUAACCCUGUUGCUAGUUUCAGCUUCAAUAUUGCUGAAAAUCGUUGUUGUACUGAUUGAAAUCUAACACUGCGUUUGGAGAAGCUAGAAAGUUAUCACCUUGUCAUGGAAGAAGACAAAGGCGUGGCAGACAAGAAAGUGACAAAGAACGAGGUGUUACUACGAAUUUCAGACUCUGAAGAAGCCAUGCAUGCUGAGAAGGAUCAAAGAGAGUCUAGAAGUUCCCUAGAAGCUGAAAGCAGUUCCCUUUCUCCUCAGCACAGCACCCACAUAGGUAAAGGGUUUACAGAUUCUCAUGGUGAACUCACAGAGCUUGAGAAUCUAAGAAACAAAGGUCAAGUUUCCACAGAGUUGGUGACAACUACAAAGAGGUUGAUGGGUCGAUCGGAAUUUUCGAGGCCAAAGUCCAGAAUGGUGGAGCCACCAUGUCCAAAAGAUGCAAACUUUGUUGAAGAACAGGCUCAAAUGACAAGUUCCAAUUCAUCUGCAUGGAAUUCUCCCAACAAGAAUGCUCCUGAAGCAACUAUUGUUACCCCAAGAACCCCCUUGCCUGGGACUCCUGGGGAGGAAGAAGAUGAUGAUGAAGAAGUGUACAAGACUGCACAUGUUGAAAUGAGGAAGAGAUCUGGUAAGAAGUGUAGAGUAUUGGGUUUUGUUGAGUGGUAUGCUUUUGUUUGCAUAAUGGGGUUUUUAAUUGCAAGCUUGACAGUUCAUAAGUUGCAACAUAGGGAAAUCUGGGGUUUGGAACUGUGGAAAUGGUGUGUGUUGGUGUCGGUUAUACUAUGUGGUAGACUGGUCACUGAGUGGUUUAUCAAUGUUCUGGUCUUCUUGAUUGAGAGGAACUUCUUGUUUAAGAAGAAGGUCUUGUAUUUUGUUUAUGGUGUGCAGAAGAGUGUUCAGGGCUUUAUAUGGCUAAGUUUGGUUCUCUUGACAUGGGUUCUGCUUUUCCACCACGGAGUGGAGAGAACCCGAAAUGUUAGUAGGAUUCUUAAUUACAUAACAAGGGCAUUUGUUUCUUGUCUUAUUGGAGCAGCUAUAUGGUUAGCCAAAACAUUGUUCAUAAAGCUGUUAGCUUCAAAUUUUCAAUCUACUAGAUUUUUUGAUAGGGUUCAAGAAUCAAUCUUUCAUCAAUAUAUUCUGAGGACACUUUCGGGUCUUCCCUUGAUGAACAUGUCUGCAAAAGUAGGCAAGACUUCAAGUAGUGGUCAACUCAGUUUUAAGACCAUGAUUAAUGAGAAUGAAGGGAAGGAAGAACAAGUCAUUGAUGUAGACAAGCUCAAGAAAAUGAAACAAGAGAAAGUUUCUGCUUGGACUAUGAAAGGGUUGAUUGAUGUGAUAAGGAGUUCUGGGUUGUCUACCAUCUCCUAUACACCAGAGAGUGCCGAUGAAGAUGAGAGUGAUCAGAAAGAUAAUGAAAUUACUAGUGAGUGGGAGGCAAAGGCAGCUGCUUAUAGAAUUUUCAGGAAUGUUGCCAAGCCAGGAAACAAGUAUAUUGAGAAGGAUGACCUCUUGCGAUUCAUGAAAAAUGAAGAAGUGGAAAAUGUGCUUCCACUAUUUGAAGGGGCAGUUGAGACAGGAAGAAUUAAGAGGAAGUCUCUGAAGAACUGGCUGGUGAAAGUCUACCUUGAACGCCGAUCACUUGUACAUUCACUAAAUGAUACCAAAACUGCUGUUGAUGACUUGAAUAUGCUUGCUUCUGUAAUUGUGCUUAUUGUGAUCACUAUUGUGUGGCUUCUUAUAAUGGGUUUCUUAAACACUCAAGUUCUUGUCUUUAUUUCAUCCCAGCUUUUACUUGUGGUUUUUAUGUUUGGCAACACAGCUAAGACUGUAUUUGAAGCUAUUAUAUUUGUUUUUGUGAUGCACCCAUUUGAUGUUGGUGAUCGCUGUGUCAUUGAUGGUGUUCAGAUGGUUGUGGAAGAGAUGAACAUACUAAGUACAAUCUUUUUGAGAUAUGACAAUGAGAAGAUUUUCUAUCCAAAUUCAGUUCUGGCAACCAAGCCAAUCAGUAACUUCUACAGGAGUCCAGAAAUGAGUGAUUCUGUUGAAUUUGCUGUUGAUGUUUCUACUUCUAUUGAAAGUAUUGGAGCUUUAAAGACGAAGUUAAAAGCAUAUUUGGAGAGUAAGCCUCAACACUGGCGCCCCAACCACAGCGUAUUGGUUAAGGAUAUUGAGAAUGUAAAUAAGAUGAAAAUGGCUUUUUAUGUUACUCACACCAUAAAUUUUCAGAAUUAUGGGGAUAAGAACAACCGAAGAUCUGAAUUAGUCCUGGAGUUAAAGAAAAUUCUUGAAGAUCUUAAUAUUAAAUAUCAUCUGCUGCCCCAAGAAGUUCAUCUCAGCCAUGUAAGGUCAUAAGACUCAACAGCACAGACAUUUUGAAGAUACCUUAUCCUUUCAUACGGUGCAAGUGUGUAGCACAAAUUUUCUGUGCUAUUAUUAUUGUUCUAGACUAAUGGUUUCCCUCAUAGUCUAUCCAGUUUGAGAUCAAAGAUGGUGUGACAAAUUGAUGAUUCAGUUGUUUCUAGGAAAAUGUGAAUUUGGUUUGUGCACUCAGCGUUUCACUAUGAAUUAGCUGAGGUCAAGAAAGAAAGAAAGAGGAAAUUUAAUGGCAUUGUUCUGAGUAA